AUGGCCGACAAGAUGAGCGACCGCGAACUCGCCGACACCAUCAAGGUCAUCAACAAGGCCGCUUCGAGCAACGAGCCGGCUUCGACCAUGCUCACUCUCAUGCAGCCCUUGAAGCGGGCUGCUCCUCCCUCCGAGGACCUCCUCCGGUCUACCAAGGCCGGAAUCGUCAUCGGCAAGCUUCGUUCCCAUGCGAACAGCGACGUCAAGCGUCUUGCGAACGAGAUUGUCGGCAAGUGGAAGAAGCACGUCGAGGCUGAGAAGGCCAGGCGCCAGAAGGGCCCGGGCGGCUCGCCCAUGGUCAAGGAGCGCAGCUCGUCCGCCACCGCUCAGGGAGCCUCUCCUGCUCCUUCCAGCAGCUCGUCUGCGCCCUUCACCGGCGACCCGCUGCUCCGCAAGUUCGAAAAUGACAACGCCAACAUCAACCGCACCAAUGACACCGCCCGAAACAACUGCAUCGGUCUGAUGUACAACGGCCUCGCCUACCGCUCCCAAGAGCCGGUCGAGAACAUUGUCCUUAAGGCUGUCGAGAUCGAGAAGGCCGCUUAUGAUGCGUACAAGCUCGAUUCUAAACGCUACAAGAUCAAGCUUAGGUCUCUUUUCCAGAACCUCAAGCACAAGAACAACGUCGAGCUGGGCCAGAAGAUCAUGUCGGGCGAGAUCUCUGCUGAGCGCUUCGUCAUCAUGGACUCGCAGGAGCUCAAGUCGGCCGAUCUGAAGAAGCUCGAGGAGGACUACGAGGCCGAGAACAUGAAGAAGGCGCAGGUCCCCAUGGCUGAGAAGUCCAUCAGCGACGCCCUCACCUGCGGCAAGUGCAAGCAGAAGAAGGUCAGCUACAGCCAGGCGCAGACUCGCAGCGCUGAUGAGCCUAUGACCACUUUCUGCGAGUGUACCGUCUGCGGUAACCGCUGGAAGUUCUCUUGA